AAAAACAAAAAGUAAGUUUGAACCAGAAUCGUCUUUUCGUUUGCAGUUUGUUUUGACGGCGGCAAACAUUGCCACGAUAUCGCUGGUGACGAUGAUGGUGCUAGAUUUCUCAGCUAGUGCUUGUGUCCAGUCCUGGUUGAGCUUCUUCAUGGCUUCAAUGCAGUGUGCGCAGCAUCUAAUUUUUUCACAAUCGUGAAAUAUUUGCAAGAUAACUUCUGCUACCCACUAACGUAUAGAGGAGAGCUGAGUCGAAAAGGACACACCACUGCCUGAUAUCGGUCGGAAUACAUUAUAAGCCAUUGCUGUAGCCUAUUUCCUACUUUCGUGCAAGUUCGGUUUCCAAAUUGAACAUCAGACAAUAAUAAUAUGAGGUAGCACAAACCGUUCGUGUCAAAUAAUUAUCCACCCCGCACCUGAUGACUAUAUGGUGAACACGAAUCCUGCCUAUCCGAAACGGGAAAAGUGGACCAGUGAACGUUUUAGUGCAGCUAUGGCUAACCUAGCGCUGCAGAGAUUCCUGCCACCGGAGAUACGCGUUUCACCGAGGCAUGUGAAGAUCUGCGCCGCGCUGAUCCUGGUGCUGUUUGUACUGCCGAUGGUGUACGUAGUACUGCGGCCCGGACGACGUAGUAGCUAUGGAAUACAGGGCUGGGAAGGAGCCGGAGAUGUGGGGGCCGCGCUCAGCAUCUACAACCCGCCGUGUUUGGUGGCGAAAGGCACUCACUUCGCACUGCACAACAAGUCCAUGCUGAUUCUGAGCGGCGCUAUCCACUACUUUCGAGUGCCCUCGGCAUACUGGGAGGAUCGCAUGCGCAAGCUGCAGUCGAUGGGAUUGAAUACGGUAGAAACGUAUGUUCCAUGGAAUCUUCAUGAGCCCCGACCAGGUCAAUUUGACUUCUCUGGAAUGCUAGAUUUACGGCGGUACAUUCACAUCGCAAAAACGCUGGGGCUGAAUGUGAUCCUGCGACCGGGCCCGUACAUCUGCUCUGAGUGGGACUUUGGCGGUCUGCCAGCAUGGCUGAUGCGUGACAACCACAUGAAAGUUCGCACCCUAUACCCACCAUUUGUGGCUGCCGUCGAGCGCUAUUUCAACAAGCUCAUACCACUUGUGGCUGACCUGCAGUGUCACCGGGGUGGGCCUAUCAUUGCUGUUCAAAUCGAGAACGAGUAUGGCUCGUUUGCUGCGGAUGCAAACUACAUGAGGUAUUUGGAGAAGGCAAUGACAUCACGUGGCAUAAAGGAGAUGCUGUUCACAUCCGACAACAUGUGGGGAACCGGCCUGAAGAGCCACUUGCUUCCUGACAUUCUUCAGACGGCCAACUUCCAGAAAGAAUGGAAAGAGAAUAUUGACCUUCUGAAGGUCAUUCAGCCGAAUCGUCCGCUGAUGGCUAUGGAGCUGUGGUCUGGCUGGUUUGAUCACUGGCACGAGGAAAGCCACCACACAACCAAGCCGGAGGAGCUUGCCGACACCGUCGAGAACAUGAUCAAGAACAACAUGUCAAUUAAUUUCUACAUGUUUCAUGGUGGAACAAACUUUGGCUUCAUGAAUGGUGCGAAUGAUGGCGGAAAACACGAUGAAGACUACAUGGCGGAUGUCACAAGUUAUGACUAUGAUGCACCGUUGAGCGAGUGGGGUGCAACGACACGCAAGUUUGACCUUGUUCGAGAUGUAAUCAAGCGGCUUGUGCCAGGUGCAGAGUUUCCAGCAUUACCUGAUCCACUGCCUGUCAAAAGCUAUGGCCAGGUGGAAAUGCACUUGUGCCUACCUCUGCUGGAAGCCUUGUCUUAUCUACCAAAACCAACAGAGAGUAAAACCCUGCGGCCCAUGGAGAUGCUGAAUGUCAACGAGAAAAGCGGCCAGGCAUAUGGCUACGUGCUGUACCGCACUAUGAUGUCCGGUGAGACGCGGAAGCUACGGCUGAGCGACGUGCAUGACUGGGCUGCGAUCAUAGUGCCCGGUGAGGAGACAUUGUACAUGGAGCGCUUCAAAGGUGCUACGUAUGACCUCAAACCCAGCAAGAAACACAAGCGACAUCUCAACUUGCUAGUGGAGAAUAUGGGUCGUGUCAAUUACGGCGAAGCACCGCUAACAUCACGAAAAGGUAUUCUUGGCAAUGUGUGGGCUGAUGGUAAUGUGGUGUCGGGAUGGACAACGUACUCCAUCGAGUUCAAGCCAGACUUCCUGUCCAGUAUUAGUUCAGGUGGUCAGUGGGAACGGUCACCACCACCGGUACGCUCUGGACCUACCCUGUACAAGUCAAGCCUUCGCAUUGACGGCGAGCCAGCAGACACAUUCAUUGACCUGAAGGGCUGGAGUAAAGGUGCCGUCUUCAUCAACGGUAUCAACUUGGGUCGCUACUGGCACGUUGGACCGCAGAAGCGUCUGUACGUUCCCGCACCAUUCCUGCGCAAGGGAAUCAACACCGUUAUCAUAUUUGAGGUGCAGCAGGCACCAACAGACUUCAUGGUGACUUUCUCCGACCAGCCAGAUCUUGGAUGAGAGUAGAACUUUUAACCACCUCCGUGUGCCGCUGCAGGACAGAAGGCGAAGCUUGAUGGCCGACGGUCGAACUUGCCGAAAUUCUGGGAGUCAAGGAGGGUUCUCUGAUGAUGGAUAUUGCUUGCACAAGCAGCCUUGACAAAGGCCUACAUUGCACGUUACAUGUAUUGCUCAUCCAUUCCUGAAAGAAGCGUUUAUGAUAUUUUUAAAGUUUAACCUAUCCCCUCUAACCAUUCUAACCAAAUAGGCGUAUUAUAGAUUCAAUGAAAGCGAUAUCUCAUUUUUUAGACUGUUGAUGCUAGUAGUAGCGUUAUGUAAGAAAGGCGAUCAAAUUAUGGAAUACACCAUGCGAAAUUAAGCCUUGAUUUCUUGAGCAGCGCUGGAAAUUAAAUGUUCAACAUCAAUCAUGAUUGUACAAUGUACGUAUAAGUUCUGGUGAGAUGAGAAAGAUGUUCUAUACAAUUUUUUUUAAUUUGUUG